CGUUGCAGCCCAAACUCAGCAUGGCUAAGUGUCGGAGAAAUGUGGAGAACUUUCUGGACGCUUGCAGGAAAAUCGGGGUCCCACAGUCCUCCCUCUGCUCGCCCUAUGACAUCAUCCAGAGUCGCCUGCAGCCUCUCAGCCUCACGGUGCAGGCGCUGGUUUCCUUUGAUACUUCCUCUCCAGACAGGAAACAGGAAGUGGCGGUCUCAUCUAAGAGCCCCGCCCCCUCCUCUCCCUCAUUGGUGUCCGUCACCACUCAGACCCCGCCCCCUUCCUGGCAGAUCUGGGACCUGAUUGGCUCCAGUCUUCUUCACGUGCUCUGCCUCGUUCUGCUGUUCCUCGCCUACAGCUGGAGCGAGCUCACGUAACCGUGGAAACAGACACU